AUGUUUAAAUUAUCAGAAUUGGUAAAAUGGUUAGGACUGACAGAAUUUGAAAUACUGACAAACUUGACUGGUUUAUUAGUCUUUACUGUUUUGUUGUCUUUAAAAAUUGAAGCUGAGCAAAAAUUUUCAUUAGAUUGGUUAAGUGUUUUUAGCCCGUUAUUUUGUAGUGACAUAUGUAAUUCAUAUUUUUGUAUUAUAGUAGGUAUAAGAAUGUAUGCAGAUAAUGAAAACAGAAGAAAGUCACUGCAUCGUCUAAUGUGGAGCACGUAUUUUUUAGUUUUAACUGGAAUUUUCAAAUAUUUACUAUGUUUAAAGUUAUCUGGCCAAACUGCUUUAGAAUAUAGCGAGGUUUUCUCACCAAUAUUUGUAUUAUUGCAAUUAAUAGCCGUUCGAGCUUGUCAGCUUCCUAACACAAAUUAGAGAAUUAAAUAAAGUUAGAAUAA